AUGAUCGAUGGCAAUGCUGGAGGGGGUGGUAGCGAAACCGACAUUAUCGGUAGCGCAUCCGAAAUAUUCAAAGAUCGUCUUUAUUUUGCUACAUUACGAAUAAAACCUAAAUCAACUGCAAAUACACAUUAUUUUUCUAUUGAUGAUGAAUUUGUUUAUGAGAAUUUUUAUGCUGAUUUUGGUCCACUUAAUUUGGCUGUUGUUCAUCGAUAUUGUACAAAAUUAAAUAAAAAAUUAAAUAAUUCUACUUUAGCACAUAAACGAAUUAUUCAUUAUACAACAUUUGAUCCAAAGAAACGAGCUAAUGCAGCUUUUCUUAUUGCUGCUUAUUCAAUUAUUUAUUUAAAACGAACACCUGAAGAAGCAUAUAAACCAUUAGUAAGUGGUAUAAAUGCUGCUCAUCCAUUUUUACCUUUUCGAGAUGCAUCACUUGGUUCAUCAUCAUAUAAUCUUACCUUACUUGAUACAUUACAAGGUCUUUACAAGGCAAUGCUUCAUGGUUUUUUUGAUUUCGAAAACUUUGACCUAGAUGAAUAUGAACAUUAUGAAAAAGUUGAAAAUGGAGAUUUAAAUUGGAUUGUACCUCGUAAAUUACUUGCUUUUUCUGGUCCACAUGCAAAAAGUAAAAUAGAAAAUGGUUAUCCAUUACAUGCACCUGAAGCAUAUUUUACUUAUUUUCGAAAACGUAAUGUAUCAACAAUUGUACGUUUAAAUAAAAAAAUUUAUGAAGCUAAACGAUUUACUGAUGCGGGUUUUGAUCAUUAUGAAUUAUUUUUUAAUGAUGGUAGUACACCCAGUGAUGCAAUUACAUUAAAAUUUUUAAGUAUUGUUGAACAAGCAAAAGGUGCUGUUGCCGUUCAUUGUAAAGCUGGUCUUGGUCGAACGGGUACUUUAAUUGGAGGAUAUUUAAUGAAACAUUAUAAAUUUACAGCAGCUGAAGUUAUUGCUUGGUUAAGAAUAUGUCGACCUGGAUCAGUUAUUGGACCACAACAAAAUUUUCUUGAAGACAAACAAGCAUGGCUUUGGUCAUUAGGUGAUACAUAUAGAAUUAAAGAUCGACCACGAUAUAUGUCAUAUUUUGGUACAAAUUCUAUUAUGGAUACAAUUGGUCAAAAUCCACUUCACUAUUCAAUUGGAGAUAAUAAUAAUAAUAAUAAUGAAGAAGAGAAUGAAGGUGAAAUAACUCAAGGUGAUCGAUUAAAUGAAAUAAAAGCACGUCGUAUGCAACAUCAUCAUUCAACACCAUCACCGCAUUGGAUUGCACCAAAUGCGAAUGUAACAUCAAGUCUUACAUGUAAAUAUUGUAUUAAAACUUGUCAGUCAUCAUUGGCACUUAACAAAAAUAUGAAAAACCAACAUUCCAAUAAAAAUAAUCAUACAAAUCAAUUAUUGAUAAUAUGUGAACAAUGUAUGAAUAACAAAAGAUUUUCAACAAAAAAAGCUUUACAAUUACAUCAAAUACGAAUGCAUGAUAACAAUCAUACUAUCACCAUUGGUGAUGGUACCAAUAGUCUCAUCCCAAGACCUGUAUUAACAGCAUCGAUCAGUGAUGAUGAACAAAUGAUACCAAUUCAAGUGUAUACUAGUCGAGUGAAUUCGACUCCUAUCAAUAUUCAAGAAUCAGAUCAACCUACUAUAUUUACAACAACUCAUUUGCAAAGAUUCAAUCCAUCGGCAGCAUAUAAACGUGCUCAUACACCAUUGGCUGCAACAGGCAGCACUCCAGUUCAUCAUAUUUCAUCAACAAUGAAUUCAUCAAUUGGUAUGCGCCGUAGUUAUGGACCAAUGUCAAAUACAUCUUCCAAUGUUAUAUCAAAUUCGAAUACACGUAAACCUCGUUCUUAUCUAUCUUCAGCAACAUCAAUAGUAAAAUCUCCAAUGUAUCCGAGUGGGCGUUAUAUAAGUUCAAUAACAAAUAAUAAUAUUGGAACAACAUUAACUAUAUCUGAUAGUGAUAAUCGUGAUCCAAUAUCAUCAGCUAUAUUAAAAGUUUCUUCAAGUCAACAAAAUCGUGGUAAAUCACAAAUGACAAAUAAUACUCCAUUACCUACUCAUUCUUACUAUACACGAUCAAAAUCGUCUUAUUCCAAAUAUUAA